AUGCCACACAAACACAAGCGGAAAAGAGGUGACGAUGCCGACUUCAACUUACCGCCGUCGCAGAGGGCAUUGCCCCUCCCUGUUAACUCGAAAAGCGCCGGUGUAUCGAGUGGGACGUCCAGGCAGGCGAAGAGGCGUCGACAGGCGAAAUCUGACAUCGACGCCCCUCGAGCCUUCCAGCGACUGAUGGCAUUUUCGUCAGGGGAGAAGUUACACUCUGGCCUUGAUGAUGGGAAAAUUAAGAAAUUCGCGACAACAGGUCCAACACAGCGAAGCGAAAAACUCCAAAUAAAGCCCGGCGAAGACCUGAGAGCCUUUGCGGCACGGGUAGAUGCUGCAAUGCCAUUGGCUGGCGUAUCAACAAAGUCGGGCAUCAAGGGAGGCAAAGACUUAGAGGGCAUUAAGACCCAACGAACCCGAAAGGAGCGUAAAAUGCACAAGCUGUACGACCAGUGGCGAGAAGAGGAGCGAAAGAUCCAAGACAAGAAGGAGGAGGACAAGGAGCUAGCGGCAGAACGUGAACUCGAGAAUGAUGGGGCAGGCAUUCUCUCAACUUCAGUCUUGGACGACGAAGAAAACACAACAAAAAAGAAGAAAGGGAGGCGCGGCAAAGACGCCGCAGACGACGACCCCUGGGCCGAGUUGAAGAAGAAGAGGGGAGAAGCGAGACAUGGACUGAACGACGUAGCGGAGGCCCCCCCUGAGCUGCACAAAAAGCAGUCCAGGCUUCUCAAAGUCGUGGGAACUGCUACGGUCAACGUUGGGAGUGCGCCAAAAGCUGCGGGUAGUCUGAGGCGACGCGAGCAGCUGGAGGAGGAAAGGCAAGACGUAGUUGAAGCAUACCGGCGCAUUCGAGAGCACGAGCAACGGAAACUGGAUUUCCAUAAGAAAGGGAAGCAAGACGUAUAG